AUCAUCCCAAUUUCAGUUUUGAGAACUUUCCAUUUCUUUUAUAAAAAAAUAUAAAAAUUUCAAUUCCACCUAAAAUCGAACUCCACAACAAAAAAAUUUACACCAUUUUACCGAAUCAAUUUCUCUUUAUCACUAUCAACAACUUCUGAACAGAUUCAGAAUUCAUUCAAUCAUGGCCACGACAACCGCGGAUCCGACGCCGUUGAUCGGAAGUUCCUCCGACGAGUCAAACUCCGGGCGGCGAAUUCUCCGUACGCCGAGUCUCCGUCAAGCGGCGCGGUUUUUAAGACAAGCGAGUGGGCGGAGGCUGAUGCGCGAGCCGUCGAUGAUGGUGAGGGAGACCGCGGCGGAGCAAUUGGAAGAGAGACAAAGCGAUUGGGCUUAUUCGAAGCCGGUGGUGAUCCUUGACAUUUUAUGGAACUUGGCGUUCAUUAUUGUGGCUGCUACUGUGAUGAUUUUGAGCCGGGAUGAAAAUCCCAGUACGCCUCUUAGGUUGUGGAUUUUAGGGUAUGCGCUACAGUGUGUGCUUCAUACUGUGUGUGUUUGUUUUGAGUAUAGGAGAAGGGUGAGGAUGCGGGAACAGGCGGAUACAAAUGGUGGUGGUAGCGCGGUUGGGAGUGGUGGUAGUGGGGAUUUGGGAUUUGGUUCAAUGGAUGGUUCUGGACAUUAUGUGAAUGUAUCGCAAUAUGGGGAUGAUGGUUCUACAAGUAGUUGGCCAAAGCAUUUGGAAUCAGCCAACACAAUGUUUUCUUUUAUUUGGUGGGUCAUUGGAUUCUAUUGGGUAUCAGCGGAUGGUCAUGAUUUGAUCAAUGAUUCUCCUAUGCUUUACUGGUUAUGUAUUGUCUUCUUGGGGUUUGAUGUUUUUUUUGUCGUUUUCUGUAUUGCGCUGGCAUGCAUCAUUGGUCUUGCUGUUUGCUGCUGUCUUCCGUGUAUUAUUGCGCUUCUGUAUGCCGUUGCAGACCAGGCAAGGGCAACAAAAGAAGACAUUGAGCAGUUAUCAAAAUUCAAAUUCCAAAGAAAAAGUAAGGAUAAGCUUGCUGGUAAUACACAAGGACCUGUUGGAGGAAUAAUGACUGAAUGUCGAGCUGAUUCCCCAAUUGAACAUGUGCUUGCUGAUGAGGAUGCGGAAUGUUGCAUCUGCCUUUCUGCCUAUGAUGAUGGUGUUGAACUAAGACAACUUCCUUGUGGUCACCAUUUUCACUGUGGCUGUGUGGACAAAUGGCUGCACAUUAAUGCGACUUGCCCCCUCUGCAAGUAUGACAUUUUGAAAAGUAGCACCUAUGGUCGAGAGGAAGUGUAGGAAUUGCCUAGAAAAGUUUCUAGGAGUCCUGUUGGGGAAUUUGUAUGCAAUUGGUUGGCAGUAUAAUAGUCCCAGCGUGUUAAUAUACUUCAGUACAGGUCUCUUAGUUGCUGCUGCUGCAGCUGUGUGUUUGUUUAUCUCAUAGUGAUAGUUAUAUUAUUCUUCGUUAUGGCGGCUUGUAAGUGGUUUGUGUAUAUCAGGUCAUUGUAGACCGGCAAUAAUUAUCUUGAGGCAAUUAAUAUUUUUAUCGCCUUCGCCA